AGCGCAGGGCGGAUAUGGAGCGCAGGGCGGAUAUGGAGCGCAGGGCGGAUAUGGUGCUGCUCUGGGCACAGGAAUGGGCUUAGGGACUGGACUCCCAACUGGAAUGGGUUUGGGCCAGGGAGGGAAACGUGUUUAUGGAGCUGGCCUCGGCAUUCAGCCAGGAUACGGGUCUUUACCCGGCAUGGGAUAUCAGGGUGUGCGACCAGGAAUUGGACUUGGCUAUCCAACUGGACAGAAGGCUAAGCAGCUAAAACCUGGUUAUAUGGGUGGAGCAGGAAACUAUCUGGGAGCCAGCCUGGGGGCCGGGGGCUACGGAGCAGGUUUAGGACAGGGAGCAUACCUGGGGGGUGCAGCUGGCAAACUUGGAGCUGCUGCUGCUCUCGGACAAGGCUAUGGUGAGGGAGCAACAGGACACCUGGGUCCCAUGGCAGGCAAUGGCUACGGUUAUGGCAAUGGUUACGGCGAUGGUCUUGGGGCUGCCCUCGGUACAGGAGGCUAUGCUGGACAAGUCCAGGGAGGAUAUGGUGACGGUGGCUACCCGUAUCCUGCUCAGCAGCUCAACCUCGGUGCUGAAGGUGCCAAAACCGCCAACAAAUAUGGAGCUGCUGCAGGAUAUGGACCUCAGCAAACAGGAUUUGGUGCACAGCUAGGAGCAACUCAAGAUGCCUUGGGAGAGCAAGCUGGCAAAUAUGACAGAGGGAACGCUGCCCUUGGAAAUGGAUACAAAGGUGAGAAUGUUGGAGGGUUUACGAUGCGGGUGCGGGAAGGCUAAUUCAAAUAACCUGGGCUUCUUAAAGUGGAUCAUUUACAUAAUGUCUUCAGUUACAUGUGUUUUUAAAGCUUUCUGUGUGUUUCUCUUCAUCUGUCCUGUUGUGUUGUCUGUUUUGUCUUUUGCUUUAUUUUUCAUAACCUCCUUUGUCUUCUUCUGUAAGUGUAAUGUGUUACCUGUUUGUCUUGUUGGUCCUAAACAUGCAGUGCCCCACCAGUCUUAUUCUGUCAACACUGAAUAAAAUGUGUGGUGAUUGAUGAACAUGCAUUUUUAUUAAGUCCAUGAAAUGUGCUUCAAUGUUUUACAAUCUAAAAAAUAAAAUUAUGUACUGUUUUAAUCCAAUAAAUGAUAUGUAAUAUUUUGCUGUAUAGAAGCAUCUGAGUACAAACAUUGUUCACACAUUGUUCUUUAUAACGGCCUCAGAAAAGCCUCAUCCGUACACAGGAAGUUUUACCACUUCCUUUCUAAUGUCAGGCAAUAGAAACACCGUAGAAACACAAACACUCAAUUGAAAACCAAAGGUAAUGAAAUGAAACAUCAAGUACCACAAACGGUUCAGAUGCAAUGCUUUUAUUAUGGAUAAACAAAAAUCCUUAAAAUAAUGACAUGAUUACAAUACACAAAUCACACAAGUAAAUGUUGCUUCUAAAUAUAAUAAAAAAACUACAAAAAUGCACUAUAUAUUUUUAUGUUAAGGUAUGUAAAAAAAUGAAAUAGAUAUAUGAAUAAGUUAAAACUGCAGUGACUCAAAAGUUUGCAUCCGGAGCAAGGACUUUUAAAAUAUGCUUUGCUGUUCUCAAGCCAUAGUCAACAGAACGAUGGUUAUAA